AAUUUAUUACUUCCAACACCCUUUCAACUUGCAAAUUUAUGCAUAGAUUUCCUUCAUAUUCUUAAAUUUUCACUCAAAUUAUAGAUUCUUUCUGUAACCAGAAAUUUUGUCUUUCUAUCUCUUUCCUAUCCGCUCCUCCAAAACCCCAAAAGAAAAAAAACCCAUCUCAAGAAAUUGCUAUGUGCAUGUAACAAACAAUUUCUUUCUGUUAUUUCAUCAUAAUCUAAAAAAAAAGCUUUGAUUUUUGGGCAGUUAGCUGUCUAUUUUACUGGUAUAAUUGUUGGUCAUGGAAUUAGAAAAAUCUUCCAUAAGAAAUCUUAUUCAAUGGCCAAGUCUGCCAACAAAUAUACACUUGUUAGUGUAACAUUAAUUGCAAUCUUUCUUUUUUCAGCUCCCAAAUUUUGGUGAUAAAAAUGGGUUUUACUCUUAUCUCAAUUAUAAAAAUGAUAUCUUUAAGCAAAUUCAACAAGGAAAUCUAGAAAAUAGAAGAAAGAAGCAAAAAAAAUGGAAGGAGGUGGAAAAAAUGGGAAAGGAAAGAAGCAACAAGGAAAAGAGAACAACAAACCAAAUGUAUGGUUCUCAUUGAAGAAAUCUCUGCACUGUAAAUCAGAGGCAUCAGAUGUGCAUGAACCAAAAUCAAAAUCAUCAUUAUCAAAGAGUAAAAAUCAUCAUAAUCAUAAUCAUAAUGAUAAUGAUAAUAGUAUGAUGAAUUCAAUAUUAACAAGAAGAGUAGGAAGGUCAGGUUGUUCAAGGUCAAUUGCAAAUCUUAAAGAUGUAAUUCAUGGGAAUAGUAAAAGACACAUUGAGAAACCCCCAAGUUGUAGUCCAAGAUCUAUAGGAAGUAGUGAAUUUCUUAACCCAAUUACUCAUGAAGUCAUUUUGAGCAAUUCUAGGUGUGAGCUUAAGAUUACUGGGUAUGCCCCUUUUGGCAAUUGCACUGAUGGGUUAGGCUCAAUCGGAGGCGGCGGAGGCGGCGCCGCAACCGAAAGAGCUACUGCUGCUGCUACUGCUGCUGCUAAUGGAGGAAGGGAGGAGUCAACAUUUGUAGGUACAUUAAGGCCAGGUACCCCAGGUCCUGGAGGACACCCUACAAUGCAUUACUUUAAUAACAACAACAAUAAUCCUUUAUUUGGUAAAAACUCAGGAAUGGGAAUGGGAAUGCCAAGAAAGUCUUUUAGUGUGGAGAGGGAAACAGAAAUCUUUGGAAAUGGAGGUAGUAGUAGUGGGAUUAAUAAUUCAAGGAAAAGAUUUUCACUUGAAAUUGAUUCAAAUGGUUCAUCUCACACUCAACAUUUGACUUGUCAUAAGUGUAAAGAACACUUUAACAAAUGGGAUGCUCUUGAAGCUCACCAUCUUUCUAAUCAUGCUGUCACUGAGCUUGUGGAAGGCGAUUCUUCAAGGAAAAUAGUUGAAAUAAUAUGCAGAACAAGCUGGCUAAAGUCAGAGAAUCACUGUGGUCGAAUAGAGAGAGUGUUAAAAGUCCAUAAUACCCAGAAAACAAUAGCUCGGUUUGAAGAGUACAGGGAAAUGGUAAAGAUUAAAGCCAGUAAACUUGCUAAGAAGCACCCACGAUGUCUUGCUGAUGGAAACGAGCUACUAAGAUUCUACGGGACUACUGUUGCCUGUUCGUUAGGCAUUGACGGAUCUUCAAGCCUUUGUAUCUCUGAAAAAUGCUGUGUGUGUCGAAUUAUUAGGCACGGUUUUUAUACUAAAAAGGAAAUUAAGAGCGGAGUUGGUGUUUUUACUACCUCAACUAGUGGAAGGGCGUUUGAAGGUAUCGAAUUCUUUGAUGAUGAUGCAUCGAUAAAGAAGGCGUUGAUUGUAUGCAGAGUGAUUGCUGGAAGAGUUCAUAGACCGUUAGAAAACGUGCAAGAAUUGGCAGGGCAAACUGGGUUUGAUUCGUUGGCAGGGAAAGUUGGUCUUUACUCAAGUAUUGAGGAGCUAUAUUUGCUUAAUCCUAGGGCUCUACUUCCUUGCUUUGUGGUAAUCUGCAAACCCUGAAAGUUAAGGAUGAUGAUUGGAAUUUUUUUUGAAUUCUUUUAGAAGCUAAAAUGCUAUCUAGAAGUUGUAUAAUUCUGAUUUAUUGGCAGUGGUUUAUGAACUGUAGGAGAAUGCCUAGGAUGUAAAAAAUCAUCCAUUUUUCACUGUCUCAUUGACAGGGCUUUUGUGGAAUCACAUAUGUUUGUAGUUCUAUGUGCAAAAUGAGAUAUCUAAUGUUUUACAAGGUUUUAUGUUUAGACCUUUUUAUUCUUA